UCAACAGACAUAAAGAGACAACUUCAGAAGGACAACUUCAGAACGCAGUUUCUAAUCCGAGCCCAUUAACCACUGAAAUGGCUGACAAAGAUUUGUUAAUGCUGGAAAGGUACUUUGACAGUGACUGUGGAUUUGAUUCAGAUGACAUGGAUUUUGACAAGCUGGACUGCUCUGAUCCUUUGGCCAUGAGCGGCAGAUGUGACCUGCACAAAGGACUCCGCAUCGAGGUCACCAAGGAGCCUCUUAGUAUGCGCCAUGUUGCUAAUGUUGUAAUCGCUUUGCAGAGGCUGAAACUCACUCAAAAUAUUCAGUCCACGGAGUUCACCGACCAGGAGCUUUUCAAUGUCUUCAUUGAUAAUGUGAUUGAAGAGAGCAUGGUGAUCAAUUUGAAGUGCACUGAAUCCAAGAGUUACAGCCUGCAAGACAAGGUUGUGCGGUGCACUAUAUGUGACAAGUCUAAAAGGGCUUUGGUGCAGAAGGAAAAGCUUCCUCUUCUGCUGGCUUUUACUCUGAAGGGUGGAAAUAAGGAGAAUAAAGCAUGGUUCAACCUCUCGGCCUACACUCCACCAAACUGCACAGAAAACAAAAAUGGCCAGCCUGUAUGUUUGGGGAUUGUAAAGACCAAUCUCUUUCUCUCAUGCACACUGGAGAAUGAAACUCCUUUUCUAGGCUUAGAGGAGGUAAAAGACAAAGAGAGACUGAAGUCCAUCCAGGAGAAUGAUGGCAUGGAACGCUUCCUUUUCUUCAGAAACGGCACUGGUGACUCCCUUAACACCUUCGAGUCAGUUAAAUACCCGGGCUGGUUCAUCACCACCUCAAAGGAUGACGAUAAGCCAGUGCAAAUGUGUAAGCAGCAAUCCAGUCACCUCCAGCUGUUCACACUCCAUGAUGAGACUGUAGUCUCUCAGAAUGAGAUGUGAUUCAGAAAACCAGUUUCCAGAAAGUAUGUACUAGGUACAAGUGUAAAUCCGGAGGCUCAUUUUAUGUUUAAGUAUAUCUCAGCUCCCGAAAACUUUCCUGUUCUGUGCUUUUUUGUGGUUUCACAAUAAUCACAACAUGAGAACAGAAUUCUGUAUUUUUUAUAUAAAAAAAUAUAUUUUGUGGGAUAUGUGACAGCGCUGUGUUUUCACAAUAAUUACAAAUUAUGUUUUUUAUUUAACUUUAUUUAACCUAUUUAUUACAAAGAUUGUAUUGUGUUGUAUUGACUAAUGUGAAUAAUUUAUUGUUAUAUUUAAAAGCCUAAUAAAAUAAACUUUUAUCAAA